UGCCGGCGCCGCAACAUACGCGAGCACGUUCGCCCCGUACGCUGCUGGCAUGUAGCACGCGAGGAAACAGCUAGCGAGGCCGGCGUCAUCUGACUUGACAACGCGGAAUACAUCGACGGCACCACCGAGGGGGCGCGCCGCAACACACAACCAUGUCCCGGAAAGGCGAAGUGGGCGUCCGGGGUUCGGCUCGGCCCAAGUUCAUCAACGCGCCGGAGUCGUGCGUCGCCGACAGCCUGGCGGGCUUCGUGGCCGUCAACACGGCCGUCCGCGUGCUCCGCGGAUGCAGCGCCCUGGUGCGGCACGACUACGAGCAGCUGGCCACCAGGGGACAAGUGGCGCUGCUGUCCGGAGGCGGCUCGGGCCACGAGCCAGGAUUCAGCGGCUUCAUCGGACAGGGCUUGUUGACGGCUGCCGUAGCGGGACCCGUCUACACGUCUCCGUUCUCGGAUCACAUCCUGAGCACCAUUAGGACAGUGGGAACCAAGAACAAAGCCGGCGUGCUGGUGUUCGUGUGCAACUACACGGGUGACCGGCUGACCUUCGGCAUCGCCAUGGAGAAGGCCGUGACGGAGGGCAUCCGCGCCGAGAUGGUGCUCAUCGCCGAGGACACCGCGCUCGCGCACACCUACCCGUCCACCGGCCGGCGAGGCCUGUGCGGCUCGGUGUUCAUGAUGAAGAUUGCGGGUGCUAUGGCCGAAGAUCAGAAGGGCCUCGAUGAGAUCAAGGCGUUCGUCGAAGCCAAGAAGCAGAAUAUGGGUACCAUAACCGUGGCGCUCACGCCUUGCAGCCUUCCUGGCAAGGACGAGCUGCUGUUCAACUUGCCAGCGGACAAGAUGGAGCUUGGCAUGGGUGUCCACGGGGAGGCCGGGGCCCUGCGAGUUCCCAUAUUUUCCGCGGCAGAAACUGCGAAGCUCAUGAUCAACCACCUGCGCAACGAGAAGUCCAAGAAUUCGUUGCACAUCAAGAGAGGCGAGACUGUGGCGCUGAUGCUGAACAACCUUGGCGGCCUCACUACGAUGGAGAUGAACAUCCUCGCCAAGGAGGUCAUCGCAUAUGUUGAGCACCUUGGUGUCCACGUGGUGCGCGCUUACACGGGUCUCUACAUGACAUCACUGGAAAGCGCUGGCAUAUCGGUCUGCCUGUUGAAGGUUGACGAGGAGGUGCUCCGUUACCUCGAUGCGCCCACGAAUGCCCCGGCCUGGACAAAACCGUACUGCACGUCGGUACCUCGUUCCACACCGACCGAGCUAGAGCCCCUGGCACCCAAGCACCGCCACGACGACAGGCAAGUCUUGGCCGAAGACCAGGUCUAUGUGCUGAACACUGCCGAGCGUGAAGUAUUGCGGGCAUGCCUGCAAGCAGCUUGCGAUGCCCUGCUAUCCCGGGAGAAAGAGUUGGACAAGCUGGACUCUGAGAGUGGCGAUGGGGACUGUGGCGCCACGCUGGCCGCCGGAGCGCACGGCGUGCUGGCAUAUCUCAGCUCAAAGCCUCCGCUAGAGCAUCCGAGCUUGGUGUUCCGCCAGCUGUCCACCACAGUGAGCUGCAGCAUGGGCGGUAGUUCGGGCGCCCUCUACAGCUUGCUGCUGCUAGGUGCCUCGCGAGGUUUCCAACUCGGAACCGGCUUCAGUGCCUGGGUGACCGCACUUGAGCUGGGCAUAAAGCUGGUAUCCAAGUACGGCAUGGCGCACGUCGGAGACCGGACCAUGCUGGAGCCCCUGGACGCAGUGCUGACUGUGCUGAGCCGUAACGCGGCUAGCUACCGACCCGAGAACUUGCCGGCGGUGCUGCACGAGACGCUGGAUGCCCUGGCGGCCUCCACAGCUGCCACGAGGACCAUGCGAGCCAAAGCCGGCCGUGCGUCCUACGUGAACCCGGAGAUGCUCAAGAACCCGGACCCGGGGGCACGCGCUGUCGAGAUAUGGAUGUCGCGCGCCAUUCGCGUCCUGCUCUCCGAGGGAAACGCCGGCGGAAGCAGAGGCGGCGGAGGAUCGCCACAAUAAUCUAAUUCAUUUGCUGAAGUGCUGUUCGUGGCCGCAUUUUGCAUAUAGUAAACAUUGUCUUUUUGUA